CGCCCCGCCCCCUCGGCCUCGGGCCUCUCCUCCCGGAGCACCCGUUGGCCAUUUUUGCUGCCCGCCCGGCUGUUUACUUUCGCUUCGGAAACAGCAGGGAUCCUCCCCCGGCGCUGACAGCCUCGUGGGCGUUCCUCCCCUUCUUCCCGGCAGCGUGGCCGGGAGCGGAGGCUGCGCCCUCUCCGGAGCACCUUUAUCCCGCCACCGGGUGGAGGGAAAUGGAGCAAGAGGCACAAAAUGGAGAACCUGCUGAAAUUAAGAUCAUCAAGGAAGCAUACAAAAAAGCCUUUUUAUUUGUUAAUAAAGGACUGAAUACAGAUGAAUUAGGUCAGAAGGAAGAAGCAAAGAACUACUAUAAGCAAGGAAUAGGACACCUGCUCAGAGGAAUCAGCAUUUCAUCAACAGACCCUGAGCACACAGGUCCUGGGUGGGAAUCUGCUAGGCAGAUGCAACAGAAAAUGAAAGAAACACUACAGAAUGUACGUACCAGGUUGGAAAUUCUAGAGAAGGGUCUUGCCACUUCUCUACGGAAUGAUCUUCAGGAGGUGCCCAAGUUAUAUCCAGAAUUUCCACCGAAAGACAUAUCUGAAAAGGCACUGGUGCCUCAGUCCUUUAGUUCACCUCCUCAGCCCACUGAGGUAAAUGGAAACACUUCAGCUCCCAGUACAGGGUCAGUUCCUGCGUCUAGUUCUCUAUCCUUACCAUCUCAAAGUCCUCCAGCAGAAGCACCUCCUGCUUAUACUCCUCAGGCUGCUGAGGGUCACUACACGGUAUCAUAUGGGACAGAAUCGGGGGAAUUUUCAUCAGUUGGAGAAGACUUCUACAGAAAUCAUUCUCAGCCACCUCCUCUUGAGACUUUAGGGCUAGAUGCAGAUGAGUUGAUUUUGAUACCAAAUGGAGUACAGAUUUUUUUUGUAAAUCCUGCAGGGGAGGUUAGUGCACCUUCAUAUCCUGGAUAUCUUCGAAUUGUGAGAUUCUUGGAUAAUUCUCUUGAUACAGUUCUAAACCGUCCUCCAGGGUUUCUUCAGGUUUGUGACUGGUUGUACCCUCUAGUUCCGGAUAGAUCUCCAGUUCUUAAAUGUACUGUAGGAGCCUACAUGUUUCCUGAUACAAUGUUACAAGCGUCAGGAUGCUUUGUGGGGGUCGUCUUGUCUUCUGAAUUACCAGAAGAUGAUAGAGAACUCUUUGAAGAUCUGUUAAGACAAAUGUCUGACCUUCGGCUCCAGGCAAACUGGAACCGGGCUGAAGGAGAAAAUGAAUUCCAAAUCCCUGGCAGAGCAAGAUGCCCCUCUGACCAACUAAAAGAAGCCAGUGGCUCUGAUUUGGGACAGUUGGAUCCUUCAUUGGACCAAGGUAGUAAGGAUGUACGUCAUAAAGGGAAACGGGGUAAAAAGGGUAAAGGUACUUCAAGUGAAGAAGUCAAUCUGAGUCACAUGGUACCCUAUGAGCCAGUUGCAGAAGAAAAAGUAAAGGAAUUACCUGAAUGGAGUGAGAAAGUGGCUCAAAACAUUUUGUCAGGUGCUUCCUGGGUAAGUUGGGGUUUAGUCAAAGGUGCUGAAUUUACUGGCAAAGCAAUCCAGAAAGGUGCUUCUAAACUCCGAGAACGGAUUCAACCAGAAGAAAAACCAGUGGAAGUUAGUCCAGCUGUGACCAGGGGACUUCAUAUAGCAAAGCAGGCUACCGGAGGAGCAGCGAAAGUCAGUCAGUUCCUGGUUGAUGGAGUUUGCACUGUAGCAAAUUGUGUUGGGAAGGAACUAGCUCCACAUGUCAAGAAGCAUGGAAGCAAACUUGUUCCAGAAUCUCUUAAAAAAGACAGAAAUGGGAAGUCUCCCCUGGAUGGUGCUAUGGUCGUAGCAGCAAGUAGUGUUCAAGGAUUUUCAACUGUCUGGCAGGGAUUGGAAUGUGCUGCUAAAUGCAUUGUUAACAAUGUUUCAGCAGAAACGGUACAAACUGUCAGAUACAAAUAUGGACAUACUGCAGGAGAAGCUACACACGAUGCAGUAGAUUCUGCCAUCAAUGUUGGUGUAACUGCCUAUAAUAUUGACAACAUUGGCAUCAAAGCAAUGGUAAAGAAAACUGCUAAACAAACCGGACAUACAAUCCUUGAGGACUAUAAAAUAGUUGAUAAUUCAAAGGGGGGAAAUCAAGCAGGGGGAGCAAAUGUAAACAUGAAGGGGGAGAAGGAUGAUCAGACAGAGGAACUCGAGAAGAAUGAAGCAAAGAAGAAAGAUAAAUGAUGGAUAUGCUAUGAAUCACCUAUACCAAAUCCUUACAAGAUGGAUGCAGUUGUGUUGAUAGGCAAAUGUGAAAUUCCCCAUGGAUUAACCAAUAGUUUUUAAAUGUAUUCAUUUCUACAGAGUGACUGUUUAAUAAGUUUUAUGGCAUGUAUUCUACUUAUAAGGAAAAUAAUUGGUAUUCCUUCAUCUGGCCUUUAGAAAUAUAGUUAUAUUCUUAUAGUUUAUUUUUUUCUAAAUGUGGCUAACAUUUUUGCAGUUAAAACAAAACUAAUAAUGCAUGUGCCCUCAUUAAACCUAAUGUUAAACUAUUUUUAUAUUUGCUAUCUUUCAGAAAGCAAAGUAGGAUAUUAUUAUAUAUUUACAUAAAAUUUGGCAUUUAGUAACCUUAAUUUUACUUGUAGUGGGAAGGAAUGACUUAAAAUAUUAUUUCCUCUUUUUGCACUAAUUGUGUAUUUCUUUAGGUAUUUGUCAGUAUUUCCAGUAUGUAAGCUAAACAAAAACCAUAUUCCUAAACUAAAAUAAUUCUCAGAUAACAUUUAAAAAGACUUUUUCAAAACAGGGUAUAGACCAAUGAAAAACAAAAUAAGGUUUAUGAAAUUAUUUAAUAGCUUACUCUUCAUUAGGAAAUGAGAUGGUCUUUUAGACUUAAAAUGAAUACAGAUAGAUUAAUAAGUCUUCUGGAUUUCAACUUGUAUUGACCUAGUAAGAACCUGGGAAAUUUUGGGGUAUGAUUAGUAUUGCAUUAAAAUUUGCAGUAAUUAUUAAUCAGCUUAAUUGGGCAAAAAAUACUUUAAGAAAUCAUUUUGCCAUAUCUAUUUCUUUAAGUUUUUCUAAAAGGCUAAACUUUUAUAAAAACAAAUAUAAACAGUAUUGAGUUUAUGGAUGAUAAAUAUAUUUUUAUUUUGGAAUUCAGUCAUUGGAAUUUUAUAUAUUAAAAAGCCAAUAAAUUAAGUUAUUAGAAAGAAAAGCUUUUAUAAUUAAUGUAAUGAAUGUGAAGACAUUAGGCUUAAUCUGUGGUGAGUGGGCAUCACGGUUUCUACUUUGGCAGAAGACAGGAUAUUCACAGACCUAUAAGCUACAGAUAUGUAGGUAAAUAUCUAAUAGCAUUUUAUUUUUGUUUAUUGAUUUUGAAAGAUUGCUAUUGGUUUUUAUAGCUAUCAGCCAUUCUAAUAUUUUUUGAACCUCUAAUGGCUACUUAAUUUAUUAGACCUUAUUUGAAACUUUCUAAAUAAUGCACUUUUUGAACAAACUGUCCCUGAAUUACUUGGUCUCAAAUAUAUUCAUUGGUUUGUAUUUUGGGAACACAUAGAAUUGGUGGAGUCUGUCCCUAAGGCCAAGGGUUUUAUACUAGUUAAAAUGGAAUAAAAUUGAAUUGGUAAAUAGCUUUCAGUCAGUCUCUGCCUUGUUUAACAAAUGGAUGACAAAUAGUGGAGCUUAAAGUUUAAAAAGUAAACUUAGACCAGAGGUCAGCAAAAUUGGUUUUGUCAGCAGGUAUCUAGAUGAUUGUUUUACCUCAUUACUGUUAAGUUGGUUGUGGGUUGCCUUUUCAGAGUAACAGCUAGACAAAAUUUGGAUAAGUACAGCUUCUAUAUUAGAGCUCAACAGAAUGUGCAUGCGUGUGUGCGUGUGUGUGCGUGCGUGUGUGUGUGUGUGUGUGUGUGUGUGUGUAAUGAAUAAGGGGCCACAUACUAAACCUGACAAGCCCAGGAGAGGCUUUACAUGGUGAGCAUUAUAAACUCAGAGACAGAAAGUAACCACAAAGGAUGGUCUGAACAUAAAAAUUCUUAACUAAAAGUGAGUCAUGGUGGAGUCAUGUCCUAGAACAGUAUCUUCCUUGACAAAGCUCCGUCUUCACUUUCACUGAGCCUGUCUGUUGUCUUUUGGAAUUUAGGAUACCAUACCUUUGGAAUGUCAGAGUAAUCCCCUAUAUUCUAGAUCCCUCAGGGCACAGUUGCCCACCAUAACCUGAGACCACAGAACCCCUCAUUGUUAUCUUCUUCCCCAAACACCAUGUAUGUGCUGUAAAUGUGAAUUGUUAUCUACCCACCAAUGUAAAAGAAGUAUGUCUCUCUCCAUUUUACUUUUCAUCCAGUCCCAGAGAUUUCCUUGCUUUGCCUUUUCCUGCCUCCCUAAUCUACCACCAAUGGAUUUCAUAUAACUCCCCCUGAAUGUCUUCUCCUUGUAUUCUGAUGUAUUAAAUAAGCAGUAAAAUUGCUAUUCUCCAGAGCA